UACGAGGCUAUGAAAUCGGGCUUCUACAAACGUAUUGCCCAUGUGUGGGAUGGAAAUGAGUUCCUGGCACAUAGAGGGGAGAGGCGGUUUCGGAAGACUGCCGUACUUGCUGCAGAGGUUCUCCGUAAAUCAGUUGUCACUCUUGACAAAUGGAUGGAAAAAGUGGAAGAAUACGUAGAGAACGCUCACUCAAAAAGACUGAAAGAACCACAAGUACCCGGCGAGAAGUCUCUGACGGAUCCCGUGGCAACUAAAUCGUGGGCCCCGGUGAAGACGGCGUUUAACUGGGCCACAACUGUCGCCAUGUUCUCCGUCGGAGCCGCCGCUUGCAUCGCAUCUCGCGUGCCUGUGGUUGGCCGGUAUGUCAGCCUGUCUCCGUCUCCUGCGUCCUCCACAUCGGCAUCGCCAACUUCAGAGGAAGACCUGAAAUCGUCGAGCUCGUCCUACGAAUCCAUUCCGGAAUCGACAGCAGCCGGAACCACAGCAAAGAUGCGACGUAGCCAGUUGAAUUUAGAGAAUCAAGGUCAAUGACUAAUGAGUUAAUGUCCUCUAAAUAGCGCAUUAGUACAUGCAAUUGGUUUUAAUCGGUACGUUUGCCAAAUUUCAAAACACCGAUCUCUGCCUCAGUACGCAAAUCUUCGUUCACGAGAAAGAAUAUUUUUACCCAUUAUGCUGGAUAGAAAAAACUGCAGGUUGUCUGUAAAAAGAAAAUGAGCUGUAA